AAAACUAUAUAAACAAAUUUAACAAGGGGGCUGGAUAAUGCAAUUGCCAUGCACCACGUACUCUCCCAUGUACAUGAUUAGAUAGCGAUUGGGAUAUCGAACAUGAAUAAUCGAGUGAAAAGUAUGUAGAUUUUCUAUCACAACCUUUCGUGUCAUUUCAACCUUUGCCAACAACCAAUUCAAUCAACAAUUUUGCAAACAGCGAGAGCUAUAAAUUGCAACUAUUUUACAAUGGAAUUAUCCACAAUACAUUCGGUCUCUCAACGUGAAGUUUUCCAUUCAAUUCGCCCUUUUGUUGUUGAUUUAGUCGCCCAAAAAAAAGAAGUCCUCCUAUUAUCUGCACUUUAGCUGCAUCAUAUACUAUUUAAAAUGAAACCGUUGGUGAAAUUAUUUAUUUAUUGUUCGAUAAUUGCUGUAUACAACUAUGCCAUUGUCGCCAAUGCAGAACCUUUCAAUGAUGUUUUGAUGGGAGAAGAACCACCGCAGGAACCACCAGAGGAUGUACCUCAGGAACAACCACUUAGACCUCGACGAUCUUUGGCCGAAGAAAAUGCUGUCAACCUAGAACAGCAAGAUAUGCAGCAAGAUCCUCCCCAGGAACCUCCCCAGGCAUUUAGGGUAAAUAUGUAGUGCAUUGAUUUAUUGACAACCAAAGCAAAAGCGCCAAAUGCCUCCUCCUCCUCCUGAUAUGCCAAGACCACCAAUGCCAUCUAUCGGAAAUUGAUAUGUUCUUU